CUUCUAUUCAUUCUCAAAUAGAAAAUGACUUGUUGGCUCUUCCGAUUGGCUGUGCUGUCGACUUGCGUCCUCUGCAUCCUCUGCACUGCUGCGCCCAGUCCCGGUACCGAGGCGGAGGCGCACACGACUCCGUACCGGGAUAGCUGCGCGUCUUGCGGCGUCGUUCAACCGGAGGAGGGCGCCGGAUCCGGCCGGCCGGACGCGGACUUUUUGGAGGCGGUCAAAAGGCAUAUCCUGAACAGGCUACAGAUGAGAAAGCGUCCCAAUAUUACGCACCCGGUACCCAAGGCGGCUAUGGUGACGGCGUUGAGGAAACUCCACGCCGGGAAGCUGCGGGAGGACGGCAGGGUGGAGAUCCCCAACUUGGACGGGCACCCGAUGAGCAAUGAAGUGCUGGAGGAGAGCUCGGAGAUCAUCAGUUUUGCGGAAAAAGAUGACCUGGUGACAUCAAAGUCCAGUUUGUUCUUCCUCAUCUCCAACGAGGGCAAUCAAAACCUAGACGUUUCACAAGCCACCCUCUGGCUCUACUUCAAGUUGCUGCCUUCACCCGUUGAGGUACGCUCACGGCGGAAGGUGACGGUGAAAGUUUAUUACCAGGAACCUGGCCUGAGCAGCAAAUGGAACCUGGUGGAGAAGUGCGUAGAGCUGAAACGGAGCGGCUGGCACACUUUUAUGCUCACCCGCGCUGUACGCCUGGUAUUUGAACAGGGCGAGCGGCGCCAGAACCUGGACGUGCGCUGCGAGGGUUGUGAGGGCGCAGGCGUGGUGCCUGUUCUCCUCAACCGCAACGACGAGUCGCACCGCCCUUUUUUGGUUGUGCAGGCCCGGCAAACGGACGCAAAGCAUAGGAUUCGAAAGCGGGGACUGGAAUGCGACGGUAGUGCCAGUCUGUGUUGUCGCCAGCAGUUCUACAUCGACUUCCGACUCAUAGGCUGGAACGACUGGAUCAUUGCGCCGUCCGGUUACUUCGGGAACUACUGCGAAGGGAAAUGUCCCGCUUACAUGGCGGGAGUUCCCGGGUCGGCGUCGUCCUUCCACACGGCAGUCGUGAACCAAUACCGCAUGCGGGGCAUGAGCCCUGGCUCUAUGAACUCCUGUUGCAUCCCGACCAGGCUUAGCACCAUGUCCAUGCUCUACUUUGAUGACGAGUACAACAUUGUGAAGCGAGACGUUCCCAACAUGAUCGUGGAUGAGUGUGGCUGCGCUUGA